AUUUAUCAUUUUAUUUGGUAGUCCGUAGUGUCCAAAUAACAUUUCAAUGAGUUAUACAGGCUGGAUGGGCACGUAGGAGAUGAUAUGAUACCCUAGUCUUGAGCUCCUUCAGUUGACCCUAAAUCCUAAAAGUCAAAAUGAAUCUCUAACCCUAGCAGAUUCCAUUUCCGCCAUGGCUUCAGCAGAUUUGAACGAAUCCAUGAAUCGUUUGAACUUGACUAUCUCCUCCGACAAAGAUUCCAACUCUCACCAACACGCCGACGAUGCUCCAAUUCCUCCAUCUUCCAGUGGCGGUGAUGAUGCCAUCAAUCAAGUUGACCAGUUCCUUCUCGAUGCCAUUCAGAACCCUCGCCAACGCCUUUCCAUUUUACGGUUGGAGCAGGAUGUUGUGAAGUUCAUUCAAGAUCCUAAUCAACAGCAGCUUGAAUUUCAGCAACUGCCAACUUCCUAUUUGCGGUUAGCUGCACAUCGGGUUGCUCAGCAUUACUCGUUGCAGUCGAUGGUUUUACUGGAUUAUAGUUUGCCGGAUGAUUCAGGGUCACAGAUUAUUGUUCACAAGACUUCUGGAUGUAAGCCUCCUCUUAUUCGCCUCGCAGAUAUCCCUGUAAAAUUACCGUCAGAAAACAAUACUGUCAAGAAGAUUGCAAUUAAACAAAGACCAAAGAAGCAGUCCCUAGGUUGUAGUGAUACAGAUUCAAACUCUGUUAAGAAUCAAAACUCUAAAAGUGUGGAAGAGAGAACAGAGGAGUAUAGUAGGGCUCGUGCUAGGAUCUUUAGUUCAAGCGAUAAUGAUGGUACUUUGGGUGGGAAGCCAGAAUGCGAGUCAAGGAAGCAGGAUAACUCUUUAGUUGGUUCGUUGGAUGUUUCUCGAGUUGAAGGUAAAUCUGCUUCUGUGUCAGAUGUCAGUUCCAGUAGGCUGUUGGUUGAGUCUUCCACAAAUAACAGUAGGGCAAGAAGUAGGACAGAGACAGAAUUAGUUGGUGGACAAAGGCAAAGUAGUAGGGUGGCUAUAUUUCGGGACCAUGAAGUUGACCGCAAGGAUCCUGAUUAUAACAGAAACUAUGAAAGGUUUGUGCAAAGAUUUGACCCUGGAUUUGGGUUCAAUGGAGGAUCAUACACCAUGCAGCCCAUGUAUGCAACAGUAUCAAACUACCACACCGGGUUUCAACAGCUUGGAUCCACUCAUGGACUGCAGCUUUCUGCUGAACACCAUCCACAACCUUUUCUCCAGCACGUACCUGGGCCAUGGGCUCCACCAACACCCGCUGGAAUAGGUUAUGGAUAUCCAGAGACCAUGUUACCAUUUAAUCCUAGACAAGUUGGUGUAUGCUCUGCACCAACAUUGUAUUUGCAUUCACCUCAGUAUUCUUGUCACUGUCAUGGAAUGCCUUUUAUUCCCCAUGAACCUCUUCAUCAGCCAUUUGCUCAGUCUCAUCAACCACCACCUGAUGCAAGUUUUGGAAUGGCUUGGCCCUGGUGAAGGGAUGGGCCAGGCCUGCAACUGAUCAGCUUGAGAUAAAUGAUGUAAGCUGAUGGGUUGCCGCAGCUUAAAAAAUUAGCUGCCUUCAGUGCAGGCAUAUUGGCUGAGUUUGGCUGGAAUAGAUUUGUAUAUUUCUGUAAGACCAUCUUUGAUCCAUUUCCUCCAUUCCCGGUCUUCCAAGGAUGCUUAUUGUGUCUCCCGUGUCCCUUGUAGACGUGUGCAAUGAUUACUAAUAUGGACUUAUCCAGAGCUGAAUAAGUUUGUGCUGGACUUGGUUGAAGCUCCUUAGAGCUCAAGGGUCUACAUUAAAAGAGCUUGGCACGUCUGCCUUCUGAUUGCUGGAAUUUUGUUGCUGAGAUUCAACUGGAAUUCUCAAGAUGUAGUCAUGUAUAACACACGACAUGUUGUUACUACUACCACAAGACUUCUAUUGACUGGUUGAUGUUCUCGUGCCAAAGCUGCCAAAUCCUUGUCAUUUGUUACUAGCAUAAGUUGGGUUAAAAUGUAAAAAUUGAUUGGUUUGGUUGUAGCCGACAAAAAUUACAAAGCUCAAAUCAAGCCAACCUGAUGAAUAACGGGUUGGUUUGAAUACGGUUGUUAGAUCAGCUCCUUAAAAAACAACAAAAGUAAUUGUUGCAUACAUUAAGAAAGGAAAUUUUACCCUACAACCUUACAUUUAUAUAACCCCUAUAUUUUACUCAAA